UUGUGCACGAACUGCCAAUGUUUGUCGCGAUAAAUAAUAUUCGUUGAUUUGAAAAUGGAAGAAGUGAGGCAGUUGGUGCAGGAAGAAGGCAGAGAAGCCAGGAACUUAGUUGCGUUCCAUGUCGCUGUGGAUUCACCAGCUACCUGCCAAAAAAAGUCCCGUCAAAAUCGGUCCAUAGCGAUAACACGAGGUGUGGUCACGGCGCGGUGUGCAGGGCGCGCGGCGCGGCGCCGGCCCCGGGCGGGCGGUGCGAGCGCGCGGGCGGGCGCGGUGCGGGCGGCGCGCCGCUCGGCCUCCGCGGGCCGCGACAAGCGCUCCGAGCUGCGCGCGCGCUACUGGGCGCUCCUCUUCGGGGACCUCUCGCGCGCCAUGGGUGAAAUUUACAACACUGUUGAAGCACAUGAAAAUCUAAGCGAGUGCCAAGAAGUCAUACUAGUACUAGAAAAUUACACUAGGGAUUUUAAAGCUUUAGGCGAAUGGUUCCGUUUAAAAUGGGAGUACGACAAUACACCACCUCCACAGAGACCCCAGAGUUUAGCUUGGGAGAUAAGAAAGACUGAUUUUGUACGUCCAGAAUCUAGACGUACUUAUUCUGUAAAGAGUUCCCCGUCAGUGUCCGGAAAAAAUAGUCCGUGUCUAUCAGGCCACAACACGCCUAGUGGCAAAAAUAGUCCAAGUUUGACUGGCAAAGCUAGUCCAGGCAGCGGCAAAAUCAGUCCUAGGGUCUCUUCGGGUCAUUCCAGUACCAGUCCUAAAGCGAAUGUAGAAUUCUUUAGUAAUAAAAUAGCAGCAUCAAAAAUGACAACAAAACCAGAGCCUAAGGCAGCUAAAGAUUGUUUAAGACUUUCCGAUAUUAAAGAAAAAGAUGGUACUAUACCUGAAUUUGAUGCUGUAGAGAGACCUUUAGUGGUACAAACCGACGAUAAACAUGAGUCAAGAUUAUCACCUAUUAUUGAGUUAGGGAAAGCCAAAGAAUACCCGAAUAUAUGCCCUAAGCAGGUCAUUAUUAAAUCGCCUAAACAUGCAACAGAUAUCUCUCAAGUUAUUAAACCUGAUCUGAAAAAUAAAUCUUCGGCAAAUGACAUUGUAACUAAACUAAACGCGAUGGAGACACAAUUUUUACAAAAUCAUCUAAUUGAAAAUCGAGCUAAAAAUGAUAACAUGUUAAACAAAGAUACUGAAAUAUCAACUCUUACUAGUAAUGACAAUCCUGACGACUUUGUUCAAGCCAGUAAAGAUUUUUCUCAGGUUUCGGACAAAAUAUCGGUUGAUGAAAAGGAAAGUAGUACAAUUGAGUCGCCUACUAAAUCUGAGGAUAACUUUGCUGAUGUAUCCAAUGAAAGCUCGAACAAAUCCAACGAUGACAAGCUUUCAGAUGUUGAGGUAGUAAAACUAACAAAAACAAAUGAGAUUGCAUCUACUGUAUCAAAAAUUGGGAGCAGUGAAUCUGAACGCAGGAAAGAAGUUACUAAUGAAGAGAUCCAAUCGGUGACCCCUAUAUUAGCCGCGAAUAAUGAAAUUAAAGAUAUUACAAAAACUAACAAUAUUAUGGAAGUUACUAGAGAAAACCAAAUAAAAGAAACUGAAAAUAUUGCCAUUCCUAAAAAUAAAGAUGAUUCUAAAAAAGACCAUGAUAAGAAACCAGAAUUAAGGAAUGGUACCGAAACAAAGCCAAUUACAAGACCUGCGUAUUCUCAAGCAGCUGCCAAACCUAAGCCUGUCAGUAUAAAACCUGAAGUGAAAGCUCCAACUAAAAGUGCUCCUCUGUCUAGAAGUAAGACUGUUGUUGAAAUGCGGUCUAGUUCUGUUUCAAAAACAUCAAGACAAUAUCCCAUAAGAAACCAGACUAGCAAGUGCAGUUAUCCAUUCAAUUUGACGACGGGUAGAACUAGUGUCUUUGAUACAGCUUCUUCUAAUACCACGAAAAGUACAGUGCCAAAAAAAACGAUUAAAAAUAUGCAGUUGGGUUCAGGUGACAAUAAAUUUAAUCAAAACAGAGUAGAUAUUAGAAAACGACUACCGAGACCGAAUACUCUGAAGAUUAAUGAAAAAGGGGACAAAAAAGAAAAAAUAAAUGUUACAUUAGAAAACAUUAAAGAUUUUGAUGAGUAUGGAAGUUCGGAUUCUGUAGUUACUCAGAUUGAUAUGUCAAGAAUUGAGUCGAGUGAAAGUCUGAAGACGUUGGUACCAGAAGAAUUACAAAUGAUAGAGGACGUAGCCAAUUCAAUUGAAGUACUCAACGUCGAUAAUAAUAAAAAUGAUAAUGAUGGUUGGUUGACUGUUAAAUCCAGAAAACUGAGUCGUGAGUCAAAGAAGCAAUCUAAAUCACAUUGGACGAACAGGUAUCAUCAACCUUCCGCUACAACUAGUUUGCCCACAUUAAAUAUGCUUGAAUCGCCAAAACAGGAAGUAAAGCCAAUAGUAGAUUCUCCUAAAAAUGCCAAAUUAGAUCGAGCUAAAUCCGAACAACCCUCAAUAGAUAUAAAACCCGAAAAAGUUACUGUCAUAAAGAAAAUAAAUGUUGAAUCUAAAAUAAACGAUACCGCUAUUAUUAGACAAAAAUCAGAUGUCACGGGUUUAAGAACUCGAAAAUCUAGAAAUAAAGCUUUUACAAAGAGAUCAAACAACAUACAAGAUGAUGAUAAAGAAGACGAAUCUUUGGAAUUGACGAAAAAUAGACUUCAUUCGUCUUUAGAGAGUCUAACAAUGGGCCUCUCAAGGUCUCAGGAGAGCACGGAAGAAAUAUUUGAUUUUGACAAAUGGAAAGCUGAAUUUAAAUCUACAUUUAAGUUCUUGGAAGAGGAUGAUCAGAUACCUAAUCAUAAUGAGAUAUUAAAAGCUGCGGAUCCAUCUGAAAUGUCUGAAAUAGCAGAGAUGACGUCUCAGAUAGAGGAGAAUGAAAAAAAGAUCAGUUGGGCUUUAGAUUUCCAGUCAGAAGUUGAUCAGAGAAAGUUAUGCGAAGAGGAAGAAAUAUUAAACAGACAAAUAAUGGCAUUGCAACAAGUUUCCGAUAUAGAUUUGGAUACCGAAACUGACGAUACUGAGACGGAUGCUGAAAUUUUAUGUGAAGAAACGAGUAUUUCGCAUCAAAACUGUAAUUCACCUGAGAACUUAGGCUCACUGGCAGCAAGUUUGGAAGACCAAUACGAAACUGCUCUUGAGGGCAUGUCCUGGGCAGAGAGAGUCGAUACCCUGGUGGUUCUAGAAGCACUCGUGGCUAGAGAUCCGGGGCGUGCUCAACAAUUACACGCAAAGCUGUCACAAGGCAUAAAGCGACGUGGAAGCUUCCAAGACGCCUUGCGGCGGCUGCAAGCUAAGCAGGCUCGCGCAGAGCGGCAACGGCUCGAGUAUCAGACCGAAAGGGCUAAGAAGAUACACCAGCUACUUGCCCGGGUCGAAGAGGUUAAGAUUGCCAAAAAUCAACUGAUAGAAGAAAAACGUUUGAGAAUGGAGAGACGCAUGCAAAAGGCAACCGAGAACCGUGACCAACGGAUAAAGGACAUAGUCCGGAAAGCGCAUGACGAGGAAGAGAAGCUUCGCGAGAUCGCGUUCAUUAAACAGUUAGAGGCGGAGAAUCGUCGUCAUGAGUUCUUAGAGCAGUGUCGCACGCACACUACACGCCUGCGCUGCAUGCGUCGUGACCGUCUUCUAAAGCUGGAACAGAAAGCGGCGCGAGAAGCGGCCGUCGGAGCGCGGCGACAAGCGCUGGAGGCCGCGCGGAGGCUGCGCGUGCAGUCCAUGCUCGAGCGGCGCCAGGAGCGGGACGCGCGCCGCCACCAGCUGCGGGAGCUGCGCCGCCUGCAGCGCGGACACGCCGCGCGCGAGAAGGCUGAAGGUGUAAAAUCACGUCUCUCAGCAUUAGCGGCGGCCGCGGAAAUGGAAGCUGAUGCCCUGCAGUCUCGUAUACGGAAUAAGCAAGACGCCAGUCAGCAGCGUCUGGAGUCUCAUCUGCAGGCCAUUAGGGAGAAGGCCACUGGACCCAGACAGGCGACGAUAUCAGAGAGUCAAGAUCAGGGCAAUAAAGAAGAGAGAGAAGAGGAAGAAGCAAGAAGGCUAGAGGCGGAAAAGAAGGAGCGCGAAAAGCAGAAGGCCAUUAAGAGGAAAGCCAGAAAGAUUAAGCAGAAAUUAUUGGCCACCGGUACCGAAAUGUUCGAAGAAAUCGAUGACAACUCGAUAUCACUCGAAAUAAUGGCAUUCCCAUCAACAAACAAACUACAAAAGGUCAUGCACACAAUCACAAACAUGAUCACACCGAUACUGCAAACAGAGGACAACACCGACAUGGACGUAGAGGACGUCGAUAAAAAUAACAAGAAAAACAAAAAGAACGAGAAAAAAGCAAUUGAAUGUAACGGCAACACCGAAGAAAAUGUAGAGAAAAAGAAAUCCAAAAAGAAAAAGAUUGUUGAAGAGGAAGCUAAAACAGAUAAUACGGAGUUCAAUAAUAAUACAGAAGCGGCAGUGGUGGAAGAACAAGAAGUUAAAAGUGAGAAUAGUAAGAAAAGGAAGAAGAAAGGUGACAAGAGUGAGCGUCCGAAGUUGAGUAAGACUAGCUCUGUGUGCAGCUCGCUCAGCGAUAUGAGUAAAGCGAGUGGCAAAACUGAGAAGAAAGUGCCGCCCACUAUCGAUAUGCCAUUCCUCGAGAGGCAAAUGAAUGAGUUGCAGCGGACUAUAGAAAAGUUGGAUAAGAGCUGGUUGGAGAAGGUGUCUGCAGGCAGGGUGCAGGCGCUGCAGCUGGCGGGCAGAGUGCUGGCUGCUAGUCUUCUCAUGCCGCUCUCCAUCAGGGUGGUGGCUGCUGCGGUGUGGGUGGUGGGCAGACUAGCCGCCGCUUCCCGGAGCCUGCUGCGCUCGCACGCCGCCCUACACCUGGCCACGCUGCUCGCCGUACAACUCGAUAAAGACCUCAGCGCCGAUUCGAGGGAGAUGGAGUUGACGAAACAGAUAUCAGACUGUCUCUCAAUAAUGUUGGACUCUGUUCUGUGCGCCAGUCAGAUAUGCUUCGAGAACAAGAGGCCUGUCGAGGAUGCUGAGGUGAUGACCAUGCUCAGAGGCAGGGCUCACACGCUCAUAAGUUACAUCUGUAUGAGCGGUUGUAUAUCCCGUGCAGAGAAAGCCGGUGAAGCGAGGGUGUACAUGCAAACGGUGCUGACCAUCUGUGCAGACCUCUGCCAACCCUGCUCACUUGACGUCGGAACAGAACGGGCUUCAGCCAUCCAAUCCCUCCGUUGCGCACUGGGCACCAGCGUGUGCGGCUCCCGUGCAGAGUUCUGCGGGCUGUUCGCCAAGGGUGCUGAGUUGCAGCACAGUGGUGGCUUCGUGAGGGCAGCACGGACCACGCACCUGCUGCGGUCAUUGGCCGAGCUGGACCACCAGAUUGUGCAGGACGCAUUCGGUGAGGGCGGAUGGCCGCUGGAGUUCAGGGCGGCGGUGGCGAGGCUGCUGUCACAGCACGCGCCCAACGACAAGGAAGCACCCAGGAAAACCGCUUUGCGACUCAGCAACCAGCGUCUCGACCACUCGUUGUCAGAAACGAUGGUGCUGGACCUCAUCGUGCUGGUUGGCUUCGUGGUGGUCAACAAUCCCAAAAUUCAGGAGACAAUAUGCGAUGGCUGGAGUGUGAUCAAGACAAUGUGCACGUUGCCGGCCAAUUGGCUGGUUUCCAAAACCCACUGUCACUCCCUCUUGCCGACACUCAUAGCUUUAUCGGACUGGCCAUCGGCUGCAAGCAUUAUAUCGUCAGAGCUGAGCAUGCAGAUACUGGAUGAGUAUUUGGAGAACCCAGAGGUCGAGGACAUAAAAAUGGUAAAAGUAAUAAAGCAGGGACGGGUGAAACGGAUAUGCAAGAAGUAAAAUCUAACACAUUGCCU